GCCUGUGGCUACGGUUGCCUGUUAGGAUGUUGUUUCCUUUGUCUCUGUCACUUGGUGAUUUCCAAGGGUUUACGUUUCUUUCGUGCACCUGGUGUCAUUUAUGAAGAUUUCCUCGUUUCAAUGAUGUCUAGUAACGAUAGGGGGCCUGAAACUCGAAAAAGAAGCAUUCUUCAGAAAUAUGAUUUGCUGGUUGAGUGUCUGUCAUUUGAACAUGUAGAAAAGUGUACCAAUGUUAAAGAACUCGAGAAAAUUCUGAAAGUGCUUAGAUCUGGAGAGGAGGGGCACUACCCACAGUUAGAAAAGGCUGCAGAAGACAAGCUUCGAUCGUUGGCUCCAAACAAUCAUCUCUUGAGAGUUGAAAUUCCAGUGAUAACAACAGCAGCCCUUGGUGCUCAGGAGAAACAGCUUGUUUCCAAUGAUAUGCAGAAAUGGACCCAAGAAAUGACAUUGCGUGAAACCCUCCUAAAAUCUGCUGUGUCUUUGAAUACUGAGGAGGCACCUGCUGUUCGUAAUUCAUCUGUUGCAAAGACUGUGAGCCCUCUCAACAAAAUGAAUAAGUCCACUUCUCCAAAGCCAAAGGAGAAGUCUCUCCGCAAGUGUGCUCCAAACGAUUAUACCUUUUGGGAUAAAUUUGACGCUGAUAGUGAGGUUUUGAAAAUGGACUUAGAAGAAGAGCGCCUUGCUGAAAGAAAAACCAUAGAACGUAUGCAAUCAGAGAAUCAUCAGAGACAAAAAGAUCAACAAAAAUCAGAGGAAGAUGAAGCCUUGCACAAUCAAAUAAAAGACAAUAAGGAUGUAGUUGGUGCAGGUGACAGUCUUUCUCUUCCAGAGAGAGAAUUCAAUGCAUUGCAGGAGAAAAUCAAAGGAAAUGAGUAUUUCCGAAAUCGUGACAUGAUGAAGGCAUUAAAUCACUACUCUCUCAGCAUUUCAUUUCUUCCUAAUGUAGAUGCUUACAACAAUAGGGCACAGACAUACUUGAAAAUUGAGGAUUUUGUAUCUGCUGUGCAAGACUGUAAGUCUGUUCUGAGUAUGGAUCCUCUCAAUGUGAAAGCUUAUUACCGCCGUGGAUCAGCGCUUUUCUCUCUUGAGAAGUACCAGGAUGCUUUGGAUGACUUUGAGAAAGCUCUAGAAAUUGAUCCUAAUCAUAAAGAAAUUCAAGAAUUCGCAAAAAGAGUCCGCAUGAAGUUAGGAAUUCCAGUUUCAAGCAAAAGAGUCAGAGUGGCCAUUCACAACAAGAAUUCCUCAUCCAGUGCUGUUGAGGAAGUUGAUGAAGCUGAUGCAAAUGAUAAAUACUAUCCAUUUUUCAACACUAGUCCCAAUGAUGACAUUGCUUUGAAUGCAAUUGGAACAGCUAAAGUUAUGUGUCGUUGUAGUGGAACACCAGGAUUUAUUCGUAAAGUUCGGUCCCUGGAUGACAUUAAAGACCAUGGCCGUCUUUGUUUGCGACGCAAUUCAAGAACUCACAAGAAAGAAGGCACCACACAGCUCUUGUCUAGCAAUUCAUCAGGAAGCUUAAAAACCGAGGGAAAAUCCUCUGUUGGUAAUGUGAACAGUAUGUGUUCAAAAUCGCAGGAACCUUAUUUGGAAAAGAACCUUAACUUUGAAGGACAGACCAACAAAGCAAUGCCUGACAAGUCAGCUCCUCAAAAAUCACAAGGCACUAGCUUAGCUUUAUCCAAUUUGGAAAAGUUGAAAACCCCAUUUGCAUUCUCAAUCUUCUGGAGCUCAGUUAAAAAUAGUGAUGAUAUAUCGUCUGUCGCAAAAGCAUUGCGUGUGCUCACGCCUGAAAUUAUUCCUAAAGUUGUCGGCAAUAAGCUUGAGGCCAAGAUGCUCAGUAACUUCAUCUCAGCAUUAGGAACCUACUUCACACUGGAUGAAAUGGAUAUGGUGCUUAACUACCUGCACAGUUUUACUCAACUGCAACGGUUCAGUAUUGUGAUUAUAAUGCUUGACAAUGCAUCAAGAAAAGAGUUGGAGGUGUUACUAUCCAAAGCUGACCCUACGAGAUUGCAGACCUCACAACUACUUCAGCUGUAUAUGAUAUCAACUGACAAGUCCAAUUAGGAUAACAGAUUUCAUUCUUGAACUAUUUGAUUGAAAUAUUGACGUGAACACAUGUUUUGUUUGUGGUGUUGAACUGACAACAAUGAAUUAAUUGAAAAAAUUGUGUCAAUAGUAUGUUAAGAGUUUUUUUCUAAGUUACAAAUUUAUUUUAGUUAUCUGUUCUUUCUGAGCUUGGGCUAAAAAAACAAUCAAUAUGUUUCAGCAGUGAACAUUCAGCUAUUUUGCUUUACUGGUUACCUUUUGUGCGCUUGGUUUUAAUUUUAUCAGUAAAGGAGGAUUGGUAAACAAAGCUUAAGAUUUUGAAAGUGUCUUUAUGUCCCUUGAUAGGGCAGUGUUAUAUAAUGGUCAUUACUAAUUAUAUUUGUAAUUGUUGAUAAUUUUGUUUGAAUUCAUUUCAUGUAUUGAGAUUCAGAACCUGGCUAAGGACCAGAGAAUAAAUUCAAUGCAACAAGUAGUUACCUCUGUAACACAGAGCAGUUGAGACAUCAUCCAUUUUUAUUUGUUGUGUUAGUCUGAUCUGUGAUCCCACACCCAGUAUUUGAGACUUUGAAUGGAGUUUAUGAUUUGUUGGAUCACAUGCUUAAGUCAUUAGUCUAGCGGAUUAUUUUAAGCUGGCGAGCUUAGUAUUUGCCAAGUCACCUUAAUUCUAAGUCAUUCAAAAAUGUUCAUGGCCAUCAGGGAUAUAUAGAGCUUUUAAUAUAUGCAUCAUAUCCAGCUCAUGCAGUGUAUUCUUCAGGUGCAAACUAGAUAUUUUUUAAAUUUUGCAUUAUUUAUUUUGAGAACUUAGACUUGGGUACCUUACUUUCUCAACAGACACGCUUAUGCUUUUAUUAAAAAUGCCAGUUCUAUGCUUGUCUUGUUUGUUCUAAGACUUGUCUUGAAAAAUGACCAUAAAUUUAAUGACUGAGAAACCUCAAAAGCUGGUAGUGUAGUGUUUUUGUGCAUUGCUCAAUUGUUGAUUUUAGACUUACCAUAUUUUCCAAUGCUUUGAAGGGCAAUGAAGUUGGAAAGUGAGUUAAUUUUGUGAUGUGUAACUAAUUGAUGCAGAAGAACUUUGCCAAACCCAAUCUGUCUGCUGUGUGUUAUCUUCAUCUCCUUUACUUUCUAUAUUCUAAUGCCCUGUUUGUAAUGUUUAUACUUCAGUCUUACUAAAAAAAUAAUUUGAAGAA